GGUUUUCCAUUCUUCAGGCGAUUAUGGAAGCAGCAGUACAGAACAACUGGCAAGUGACAGCCAGAUCUGUAGGAAGCAUAAAGGAUGUUCAAGAGUUCAGAAGAAUUAUAGAGGAGAUGGACAGGCGACAAGAAAAGAGAUACUUAAUUGACUGUGAAGUAGACAGAAUCAACACCAUUUUGGAACAGGUUGUAAUCCUUGGCAAACAUUCUAGAGGCUAUCACUACAUGUUAGCUAACCUGGGUUUCACAGACAUUGUUCUGGAGAGAGUAAUGCACGGAGGUGCCAACGUUACUGGAUUCCAGAUUGUUAAUAAUGAAAACCCAAUGGUCAGCAAGAGGCUUGAUGAAAGGGAAUUCCCUGAAGCCAAAAACUCGCCAUUAAAGUAUACAUCUGCACUGACCCAUGAUGCAGUCCUAGUCAUAGCAGAGGCUUUCCGUUACCUCCGAAGACAGCGUGUGGAUGUCUCCAGGAGAGGUAGUGCUGGAGACUGCCUGGCUAACCCUGCAGUACCAUGGAGCCAAGGAAUUGAUAUAGAAAGAGCGCUGAAAAUGGUGCAAGUUCAAGGAAUGACGGGGAACAUCCAGUUUGACACCUAUGGGCGGAGAACAAAUUACACAAUUGAUGUGUAUGAAAUGAAAGCUGCUGGAUCACGGAAGACUGGUUACUGGAACGAAUAUGAAAGAUUUGUGCCAGCAUUAGAUCAGCUGCCCUCUAAUGACACGUCAUCUGUGGAGAACAGGACUAUAGUAGUCACUACCAUCUUGGAAUCACCAUAUGUAAUGUAUAAGAAAAACCAUGAACAACUAGAAGGGAAUGAGAGAUAUGAAGGAUAUUGUGUAGACUUAGCUUCUGAAAUAGCAAAACAUGUUGGAAUAAAAUACAAACUGUCAAUUGUUGGAGAUGGGAAAUAUGGAGCUAGGGACCCUGAGACUAAGAUAUGGAAUGGCAUGGUGGGUGAACUGGUCUAUGGGAGAGCAGAUAUAGCUGUUGCCCCCCUCACCAUAACAUUGGUGCGAGAAGAAGUCAUAGACUUUUCCAAACCCUUUAUGAGCCUGGGCAUCUCCAUCAUGAUCAAGAAGCCUCAGAAAUCUAAACCGGGCGUAUUCUCUUUCCUGGAUCCUUUGGCUUAUGAGAUUUGGAUGUGUAUAGUCUUUGCUUACAUUGGCGUCAGCGUAGUUCUUUUCCUAGUCAGCAGAUUCAGCCCUUACGAAUGGCACUUGGAAGACAGCAGUGAAGAACCACGUGACCCUCAGAAUCCUCCCGACCCUCCAAAUGAGUUUGGAAUAUUUAACAGCCUUUGGUUUUCCCUGGGUGCCUUUAUGCAGCAAGGAUGCGAUAUUUCUCCAAGAUCUCUCUCAGGGCGAAUUGUCGGAGGAGUCUGGUGGUUCUUCACUCUCAUCAUUAUCUCUUCCUACACUGCUAAUCUUGCUGCCUUCCUUACGGUGGAAAGAAUGGUUUCUCCCAUAGAGAGCGCAGAGGACCUGGCCAAACAAACCGAAAUAGCCUAUGGCACUUUGGAUUCAGGCUCAACCAAAGAAUUCUUUCGAAGGUCAAAAAUAGCCGUCUACGAGAAAAUGUGGUCGUACAUGAAGUCGGCCGAGCCGUCGGUGUUCACCAAAACGACGGCGGACGGGGUGGCGAGGGUGCGGAAGUCGAAGGGGAAGUUCGCCUUCCUGCUGGAGUCGACGAUGAACGAGUACAUCGAGCAGCGCAAGCCCUGCGACACCAUGAAAGUCGGCGGCAACCUGGAUUCCAAGGGCUAUGGUGUAGCAACCCCCAAAGGCUCAGCAUUAAGAACUCCUGUAAACCUUGCAGUAUUGAAACUCAGUGAACAAGGCAUCUUAGACAAGCUGAAAAACAAAUGGUGGUACGAUAAGGGUGAAUGUGGAGCCAAGGACUCCGGAAGUAAGGACAAGACGAGCGCUCUGAGCCUGAGCAAUGUGGCUGGGGUUUUCUAUAUCCUUGUCGGAGGCCUCGGGCUCGCCAUGAUGGUGGCACUGAUCGAGUUCUGCUACAAGUCGCGGGCAGAGUCCAAGCGAAUGAAACUCACCAAGAACACGCAGAACUUCAAACCCGCUCCCGCCACCAACACCCAGAAUUACGCUACGUACAGAGAAGGCUACAACGUGUACGGCACAGAAAGUGUGAAAAUCUAGGGAUCCUCACCCUGACAGCACGCAAGAGGAGAAGCAGCAGAGAAUGUGGCUACUUCAUGGAUUCGGACCACCUGAGCCAGUCGUACUCUCUCCGAGGUGUCAGGCAUGACACGCGUUGAUGAUGGUGCAAUGUACUUUUAAUAGGAAAAACUGAUCUUUUUUCCUUCAGUGCCUUAUGGAAGACUCUGAGACUCACAACAAUGCAAACCAUCACCGAAAUAUUCUUGCUUUGCUUGAAAGAAGAAAAA